AUGGCAUUCUUUAGGAACUACUCAAACGAUACGGUAUCACAUAAUAUUGUGGAUGAAAACGAGGAGCGGCAAAACGCUGCUACUUUUCAGGGCUCACCUUCGAACGAAGAUAUGGAUGGUAGUUAUAGUGAAAGAGGCUUUGACAUGAACAUGGACGUACAGUAUCAGAGUGAUGCGGAACCUGGAUGUGAUAUUAGGCAGGAAAAUGAGACAACAAUUGGUAAUGAAGCUGGUCCUGUGGAUCCCCAUCGUCAACCUUCGGGAAGGAGAAUGGGUGUGUCUGGGAAAUGGGGUUCCACAUUUUGGAAGGAUUGUCAGCCAAUGGGACAGAGAGAGGGCUCUGAUUCUGCUAAAGAUUCACAAUCCGGUUACAAGGACGCAUAUCAUUCUGAAGAUAAUCUGUCAAACGAUCGGAGCGAAAAAAUAGAUUCAGAAAAUGAAAAUGAGGAGGAUAAAGCAAUGAACAAGCGUCAAAGUAAUCAAGCUGACGUUCCAGCAGAUGAAAUGUUGUCUGAUGAAUAUUACGAACAGGAUGAAGAUAAUCAAAGCGACCAUGUGCAGUACAAAGGGUAUAGCAAUGCUAUAAAUUCAAGAUCACUGCCAAAGACAGGAUCUUCUAUCCAUAGCAAGUCAAGGGCCUCAAGAGCAAUUCAACAAAACAUUCACUACGGUGAUGGUAAUGAAGACAACAAUGGUGAUGCUGAUAUUGACUAUGAAGAGGAGGAAGAUGAGGAUGACCCUGAAGAUGCUGACUUUGAGCCCGAUGAUGCUGCUCCUGGUGGUGAUGCAAGGAAGAAGCAUGACCAAGCUUGGGACGUUUCUGAUGAAGAUCCUGACAGUGAUGAUGAUGUUGAUCUUUCUGAUUCUGAGGAUGACUAUGACAUCAAAAAGCCCAAGGUCAGGCAGCAAGCUAAAGGUUCCCGGAAAUUAAGCUCUGGAAACGAACGGAAAUCAUUCCAUGCUUCUAGUCGACCAAAGAGGAAAACAUCAUAUCAAGAGGACUGCUCGGAGGAGGACUCUGACAAUGACGAGGGUUUUAGAAGCAUGCCCAGAAGAGGGACAACUCUCAGGCAAAACAAUGGAAGGUCUAACAAUCAUAUAGGACAGAGUAGUGAAGUUCGGAGCUCCACCAGAUCAGUUCGUAAAGUCUCUUAUGUAGAGAGUGAAGACAGUGAAGAUAUAGAUGACGGGAGAAAUCGAAAAAACCAAAAGGAUGACAUUGAAGAGGAGGAUUGUGAUGCUAUAGAAAAAGUGCUCUGGCAUCAGCCAAAAGACAUGGGUGAAGAUGUUCACAUGAAUAACAAUUCAACAGUUCCUGUUCUAGUAAGCCAUCUGUUUGAUGCUGAGCCAGAUUGGAAUGAAAUGGAAUUCCUAAUAAAAUGGAAAGGUCAAUCACACUUGCAUUGUCAGUGGAAAUCAUUGAGCGAUCUCCAAAAUCUUAGUGGCUUUAAGAAGGUUCUUAACUACACGAAGAAAGUGACAGAGGAGAUUAGGUACAGGACAGCACUUUCCCGAGAGGAGAUUGAGGUCAAUGAUGUGAGCAAAGAAAUGGAUCUGGACAUCAUUAAGCAGAAUAGUCAGGUUGAAAGAGUAAUUGCCGACCGAAUAAGCAAAGAUGGUUUAGGUGAUGUGGUGCCAGAGUAUCUAGUAAAGUGGCAAGGGCUAUCUUAUGCUGAAGCAACUUGGGAGAAGGAUGUCGAUAUAGCAUUUGCACAAGUCGCUAUUGAUGAGUACAAGGCUCGUGAAGCUUCAAUUGCAGUGCAAGGAAAAAUGGUGGAACAGCAGCGUACAAAAGGAAAAGCAAGUUUGCGGAAGCUUGAUGAGCAGCCGGAGUGGCUAAGAGUAGGUACGCUACGGGACUACCAGCUGGAGGGUUUGAAUUUUCUUGUCAACAGCUGGCUUAAUGACACCAAUGUCAUUUUGGCUGACGAAAUGGGUCUUGGUAAAACUGUUCAGUCAGUUUCAAUGCUUGGGUUUUUACAGAAUACCCAACAAAUUCCAGGUCCAUUUCUUGUUGUUGUGCCUUUGUCGACAUUAGCUAAUUGGGCUAAAGAAUUCAGAAAGUGGCUUCCCGACAUGAAUAUAAUAGUAUAUGUUGGCACCCGGGCAAGUCGAGAGGUAUGUCAGCAAUACGAGUUUUACAAUGAAAAGAAAGUCGGCCGGCCCAUAAAAUUCAAUGCACUGUUGACCACGUACGAGGUGGUUCUGAAGGAUAAAGCUGUUCUAUCCAAGAUUAAGUGGAUUUACUUGAUGGUAGAUGAAGCACAUAGACUGAAAAAUAGUGAGGCACAGCUAUACACGGCCCUUUUGGAAUUUAGUACGAAGAACAAAUUGCUUAUUACUGGUACUCCAUUACAGAACAGUGUCGAAGAGCUGUGGGCUCUGCUCCACUUCCUUGAUCCUGGCAAGUUUAAGAAUAAGGAUGAGUUCGUUCAAAACUACAAGAAUCUUAGCUCAUUUAAUGAAUCUGAGCUCGCCAAUCUCCAUGUAGAGUUGAGACCCCAUAUUCUACGACGAGUGAUCAAAGAUGUUGAGAAGUCUUUGCCUCCAAAAAUUGAGCGUAUCCUAAGAGUUGAGAUGUCCCCUCUUCAGAAACAGUACUACAAGUGGAUAUUGGAGCGCAACUUCCAAGAUUUAAAUAAAGGGGUGCGCGGUAAUCAGGUGUCGCUUCUAAACAUUGUGGUGGAGUUGAAGAAGUGCUGCAAUCAUCCUUUCUUAUUUGAAAGUGCAGACCAUGGAUAUGGGGGUGACAUAAACGAUAACACUAAACUGGAUAAAGUUAUUUUGAGUAGUGGAAAACUAGUUAUCCUAGACAAGCUACUGGUUAGACUGCGUGAGACUAAGCAUCGUGUGCUUAUCUUUUCGCAGAUGGUAAGAAUGUUAGAUAUCCUGGCAGAAUAUCUGUGUCUUAGAGGCUUCCAGUUUCAGAGACUGGACGGAAGUACAAAGGCGGAGCUGCGUCAACAGGCAAUGGAUCAUUUUAACGCACCUGGUAGUGACGACUUCUGCUUUCUUCUUUCAACCCGAGCUGGUGGACUUGGUAUCAAUCUUGCUACUGCUGAUACAGUCGUUAUAUUUGACUCUGACUGGAAUCCACAGAAUGACCUGCAGGCCAUGAGUCGAGCGCACAGAAUUGGGCAACAAGAGGUCGUGAACAUUUAUAGAUUUGUCACUAGCAAAAGUGUUGAGGAAGAAAUCCUCGAGCGCGCUAAAAGAAAAAUGGUUCUUGAUCAUUUGGUUAUUCAAAAACUGAAUGCAGAGGGGAGGCUGGAGAAGCGAGAAACUAAGAAGGGAAGUAAUUUUGACAAGAACGAGCUCUCUGCAAUAUUGAGGUUUGGAGCGGAAGAACUUUUUAAAGAGGAGAAAAAUGAUGAAGAAAGCAAAAAGCGGCUGUUGAGUAUGGAUAUUGAUGAAAUCCUAGAGAGAGCGGAGCAAGUUGAAGAAAAGCAAACUGCUGAAUCUGAACAUGAAUUGUUGGGUGCUUUUAAGGUUGCGAACUUUUGUAAUGCUGAAGAUGAUGGGUCUUUUUGGAGUCGUUGGAUAAAACCUGAAUCUGUGGUUACGGCCGAAGAAGCUCUUGCACCACGGGCUGCUAGGAGUACGAAGAGUUAUGUGGAUCCUAGCCAUCAUGACAGCAUUGACAGGAGCCAUCCUGACAGGACUAGUAAAAGAAAAAAGAAAGGAUCUGAGCCUCCAGAGCAUACCGAUAGAAGUCAAAAGCGCAGAAAAACUGAAUAUUUUGUUCCUUCAACUCCAAUAUUAGAGGGGACUACAGCUCAAGUGCGAGGCUGGUCUUAUGGAAAUCUUCCUAAGAGAGAUGCGCAACGAUUUUAUAGAACAGUCAUGAAGUUUGGUAACCAUAAUCAAAUUGCUAGUAUUGCGCAAGAGGUGGGUGGUGUUAUUGAAGCAGCCCCGGAGGAAGCACAGGUUGAGCUAUUUGAUGCUCUAGUUGACGGUUGUCGGGAAUCUGUUGAAACAGAAAGUUUUGAUUCAAAGGGUCCUGUGUUGGAUUUCUUUGGUGUGCCAGUAAAAGCAAACGAGUUAUUAAAACGUGUGCAAGGACUGCAGCUUUUAUCAAAGCGCAUUAGUCGAUAUGACGAUCCAAUUACACAAUUCCGGGUGUUAUCAUACCUUAAACCUUCAAAUUGGUCCAAGGGUUGCGGUUGGAAUCAGAUCGAUGAUGCAAGAUUGCUUUUGGGAAUACUUUAUCAUGGUUUUGGGAACUGGGAAAAGAUAAGAUUAGAUGAGAAUCUUGGGCUUACAAAGAAGAUUGCUCCUGUUGAACUUCAUCACCACGAGACUUUUCUACCUCGUGCUCCAAACUUAAAGGAGCGUGCCACUGCACUUCUGGAAAUGGAACUUGCGGCAGCAGGAGGAAAAAACACAAACGCCAAAGCAUCUCGUAAAAAUUCCAAAAAGGUGAAAGACAAUCUUAUCAAUCAAUUUAAAGCACCUGCAAGAGACCGGAAAGGGAAAUCUGGUCCUGCCAAUGUGAGUUUAAAAGCAACAAAAGAUGGACCUCGGAGAACCCAAAAAGCUGAGCCGUUGGUGAAGGAAGAAGGAGAAAUGUCUGACGAUGAGGGAGUUUACGAGCAGUUCAAGGAGCAGAAAUGGAUGGAAUGGUGUGAAGAUGUCUUGGCUGAUGAAAUCAAAACUCUUGAACGGUUACAAAAACUGCAAACCACAAGUGCCGAUCUGCCAAAGGAGAAGGUGCUCUUCAAAAUCCGGAGAUAUUUGCAAAUCCUUGGGCGAAGAAUAGAUGAAGUUGUCUUAGAACACGAAGAGGAUUUAUACAAGCAAGAUAGAAUGACAAUGAGAUUGUGGAACUAUGUCUCAACUUUCUCGAAUCUCUCAGGGGACCGUCUCAAUCAGAUAUACUCCAAACUGAAGCAGGAGAGAGAAGAAGAGGAAGGAGCCGGACCAUCGCACCUCAAUGGCUCAUCCGGUGGUAGGAACUUCCAGAGGCAACAAAGAUUCAAAACAGGAGGAAACUCCCAAGGAUCGCAGCCUGUUCACAAAGGCAUCGACACAGCAAAGUUUGAAGCGUGGAAAAGGAGAAGAAGAACAGAAAACAAUGAUGCUCAGUCUGAGCGACAAGCACCGACAACUAACUCUAACUCACUUGGAAUACUCGGCCCUGGACCAUCAUCCGAUAGAAGCCACCGGUCACGUCAAACUGGAUUUCCUCCAAGAUAA